CCCAAAGGCCCAUGAAGCCCAAAACUAGGCGCCACGGUCGCAAUAAAAGCCACCCUAACAUCGUGGACUUCGCCGCAGCGAGCUCUUCUCCAAGCUCUCCCGCCGCGGCUGCCUCCCGGAGUCCCUCGCAUGCCGCUACUUCGCGCAGCUCGUCUCCGUGCUCCACUUCUACCGUCGAGACGAAGGUGAAGGAGGUUGGCUUGAAUUUGGGGUUUAGGGUUGAGGUUGGGAAGCUUCUCCAGACUCCCCCUCUGCGCUUCGCCUUUAGGGUUUUUCACGCGAUUGCUCUCGUCCGCGCCGGGGAAGAGGUUCGCCGCGCUCUGGGGAAACGGGGAUUACGGCAGAUUGGGUUUCGUCCCUCAAAUCCCUUCUCCAACGCAUAUACCCAUCAGCUUCUCCUUCGCUUCGCAAAUCCUUUUAUUGGGUUAUAUGCCGAGUUGCUACGGUGUUGAGGACCAGGUAUACAGUGCCAGGUUUCUGGAAUGCUGGAUUGGCCUUUUUGUGAGCAGGCUCAUUUGCUUGUUUCUGAACCUUCUGAGAAGGAGCACUUGAAGGCUUGUAUUGCUCUGGCCAGAUAACACUUGCAUCUAGAAGACGACCCAUCACAAGCUUCACAACCUGUAGAUAAUCAGGCAAACAGAGAUACUUAAGGAAAUGGGUCUGGCAAAAGUAGCAUCUUCAGCUGUUAAACUUUUGAUAGACAUCGGAUAUUUUCCUGUACAUAUCAAUCUUGAUCUGUUGAAGUUGGGAAUUCCCACUUAUCAUUCAGAAGAAAUCAUAUGGGCUGCUCAAAGUCUUUUAUUGGACUCAUCUGAUCCAGAUGAGGUGGGUUUCAUUUGCCUGACAACAUUGCUCAAAUAUGAUUGUAAUCAUAUAUAUGUUAUCUUUGCUGAAUUCAUUAUACUAAUAUUUUUAGUUACAUGGAAAGUUUGUAGUUCAUGUCAGUGGGAUUUUUUUUAGGAAUUGGAAGGUCUGUAACUUCCUUGUAUGUAUUGUGACAAGUUUUUAAGAAGAAAAAUUUACUUAAUGGAGUCUGCUAGUCAAACAUUAUUUUGUUUUACUAAACAGUGUAUGUAUUGUGACAAGUUUUUAAACUGUUAUCCUUUAGGACAAUUAAAAAUUAAUCUGCGUUUGUAGAGCUUGACUUCCACUAGUCAAACAUUAUUUAAUUUUACUAAACAACAUAUGCAUUGUGACAAGUUUUUA